ACACAUUUUGAAAGCGUUUAGUGAAUUUAUUUCAAAUAAUUAAGCUAUAUUUCUCUAUCUGAGUGGAGUCAAACUCGAAAACAAGCAUUAUGUCGACUGCGAACGUCGCAAGCUAUCUGGCAGAGCAGAAGAAAACCACUGAUAAAGAUUUGGCCGCCGAAUGGACUCAAAUUGAAGAGCUGUACAAUGAGAAGCUGUGGAACGAAUUAACCAUUAAACUAAAUAGUUUCGUAAAGAAUCCAGCUUUGCAGAAUGAAGAAGCUCUGCUAGCUUUGUAUCACAACUUUAUCACUUCCUUUGAGACGAAAAUUAACCCGUAUGGUUUGGUAGAAAUUUUGACUGUCGUAAUUUCGUUCAUAGCGGACAAAAAGGAAGCCGUCAAUUUCCUGGAGAAGCUAAAGGAAAAAGUUAAGGUGUGCGACGAAGCACUGUGGAUGUGCAAGGUACUCCAGGGCCAGAUUUAUUUGGAGCACCUAAACGAGCUGGACGAAACGAAAAAGAUAAUCGAGGAUCUGAAAGACAUUCUCGAAGAGGCCGGUAAUGUAACCCCGGUGCACGGCAAGUACUACAUGCUAGCGGCUAACUAUUACCGACUGGUUGGACAGCAUAGCGACUACUACCGAUGUGGUCUUCAAUUUUUGGGUUGCUCUAUGGACUCCUACCCGAAGGACCAGUGGCCCCAACAAGCGUUUUUCCUAGGUUUAGCAGCCUUGCUGGGCGAGGGUAUUUACAACAUAGGCGAAUUGUUGGCUCAUCCCAUUCUGGAAUCGCUAAACGGAACCGAAAAUGAGUGGUUAGUGGAAUUACUGCGUGCAUUCAACUUUGGCGAUAUCGCCAAGUUCGAACAGAUGAAACCUAAAUGGUGUACCAUCGCUGAUUUGGCCGCCCAAGAGGUAAAAUUGCGCCAAAAAAUAUCCCUGCUGUGUCUCAUGGAGAUGACUUUCAAACGACCCGCCAAUAAGCGCACCAUUAGCUUCGAGGAGAUUGCCACAGAAGCUAAACUUCCUAUUAAAGAGGUGGAGAUUCUAAUUAUGAAGGCACUGGCUCAGGGUUUGGUUAGGGGUGCAAUCGAUGAAGUAGCCGGGGUAGUUAAUAUGACCUGGGUUCAGCCCAGAGUGCUGGAUCGGAAGCAGGUUGCAGCUAUGGCUGGAACCCUCGACACAUGGAUGUCAUCGAUCACUUCCAUGGAACAGCUGAUCGAAAGCCGGGCGAGUGAGAUUCUCACGAAUUAAACUGCUAAUGUAGAUUUUUUUCUUUUGAAUAAGAAACAUUUUUGAG